AACAGCUUCAAGCCUCAGAGUUCGUCACAGUCGCGGUGGGAGGGGGACCGUACAGGAGUUACACUCGUUCCUGUAUUGAUGAGCCUUUCACCGCUACUGGAACAUUCAGUGCAAUACCCGCGAGUAUUCCUCUAUACCUGCAACACUAGUGAACACCAGAGCCAAGUCUGUCAUCAUGUCUGGUGGUCCAGCGGUGAGGAUCAGCAUCGAGUCUUCCUGUGAGAAGCAGGUGCAGGAAGUGGCCCUGGAUGGGACAGAGACCUAUGUCCCUCCUCUAUCCAUGUCCCAGAACUUGGCAAAGUUGGCACAAAGAAUUGACUUCAGCCAGGGAUCCGACUCAGAGGAGGACGUUGAGGGGGAACCCAAGGACCGAGAGUGGGGCAAGCAGGAUGGAGAGGAAGAAGAAGGCACUGUAAAGUUUCAGCCAUCUCUUUGGCCCUGGGAUUCGGUGCGUAACAACCUCCGCAGCGCCCUCACAGAGAUGUGUGUACUCUAUGAUGUGCUCAGUGUGGUGAAGGAGAAGAAGUACAUGGCUUUAGACCCAGUGUCUCAGGAUCCAGCAGCUGGAAAGACACCACAGGUUUUCCAGCUGAUCAGUAAAAAGAAAUCAUUGGCCACAGCAGCUAUGAUCCUUCAGAAGGGAGCAGAAAAGCUCAGUAAGUCAGUCGCAGAGAACCAGGAGAACAGGAGGCAAAGGGAUUUCAACUCUGAGCUGCUGCGGCUGCGCUCACAGUGGAAACUACGCAAAGUUGGAGACAAGAUCCUGGGAGACCUCAGCUACCGCAGUGCAGGCUCCCUUUUCCCCCAUCAUGGCACAUUUGAAGUGAUCAAAAAUACUGACAUUGAUCUGGACAAAAAAAUCCCAGAGGACUACUGCCCACUGGAUGUCCAGAUCCCCAGUGACCUGGAGGGGUCUGCUUACAUCAAGGUGUCCAUUCAGAAACAAGCUCCUGACAUUGGUGAUCUGGGAACCGUCAGCCUUUUCAGACAACAGCAAAAGAACAAAGCUGGUACGCAGCCAUGGCACGUGAAAUUGGAGGCGGCUCAGAAUGUUUUGCUCUGUAAGGAGAUCUUCGCCCAGCUGUCCAGGGAGGCAGUUCAGAUCAAAUCCCAGAUCCCUCACAUUGUUGUGAAAAACCAGAUCAUCUCACAGCCAUUCCCAGGUUUGCAGCUGUCAAUCUCACUGUGCCAUUCUACGGGGGAGAAGAAGAACAACCGGGCAUCUCCAGAGAAACCCAAACCGGAUGACCACCUUUACGUACUAGAACACAAUCUGCAUCAGAUGAUGAGAGAGUUUCACAAGCAGCAGCUGAGCUCUGUGGUGAUGCCGCACCCUUCUAGCGCCCCCUUUGGCCACAAACGUCUGCGGCUGGCAGGGCCACUGGCCUAUGACAAGGCAGAAAUCUCCAGUUGGCAGCAGACUGAGGGGCUGCUGGAGAAGAUCAUCAAACAGGCCAAACACAUCUUCCUACGUAGCAGGACGGCACGGACCAUCGAUAGUCUGGCCAGUCGGAUUGAAGACCCGCAGAUCCAGGCUCACUGGUCCAACAUUAAUGACGUAUAUGAGUCCAGUGUCAAAGUGCUCAUCACUUCACAAGGCUACGAGCAGAUCUGCAAGUCCAUCCAGCUGCAGCUGAACAUCGGUGUGGAGCAGAUCAGGGUGGUGCACAGAGAUGGACGUGUGGUCAUGCUGUCACAUCAGGAACAGGAGCUGCAAGACUUUCUCCUCUCACAGAUGUCGCAGCAUCAGGUACAUGCGGUUCAGCAGCUGGCUAAGGUGAUGGGCUGGCACGUCCUGAGCUUCAGUAACCAUGUAGGUCUGGGCCCAGUGGAGAGCAUCGGAAAUGCCUCCGCCGUCACUGUUGCCUCUCCCAACGGAGAGUACGCCAUCUCAGUACGUAACGGCCCAGAGAGCGGCUGCAAAGUUUUGGUUCAGUUCCCUCGCAGCCAGAUCAAAGAGCUGCCAAAGAGCGACGUCAUCCAGGACGCCAAGUGGAGCCACCUCAGAGGGCCGUACAAAGAGGUCCAUUGGAGCAAGAUGGAGGGCCGAAACUUUGUCUACAAGAUGGAGCUCCUCAUGGCAGCACUGACUCCCUGUCCUUAAGUGCUGACUGUCUAGUGACUCCUCCCACACACAAAAUCACAGUUUAUCUAAAAAGGAAAAUCUUCCUUCAUAGACUCUCUUCCUCACAUUUGAAAGAAUCGACAGCGCUUUCAUUUCUUUUAGUUUUUAACCAACUCGUGGACCGCCAUAAAGUCUGUCCACACAAGUGUCCUCUGCCUGUUGCUUAUAGUGUAAGGUGUGGACUGUGUGUAUAUACCUCAAACAGUUUGAUACAAAAUAAAAAGCAGUCUGUCUUGUAUAUAUUUGUCCUUUUUCUAAAGAAUAAAGCUAUUGUGAGAUUAUUAUGUUAUCAUAUGUUACCUUAUAUCUGUAAUCAAAGUAGUUGAAUCAUGAUAUUGCUGUAGGUCAUAUUACAUCUUUUAGUCUAGCUGGUGUGAUGUGUAUGCAGUUUAGUUUCCAUUAUACUUCUGAGUUAAAAGAAGGUGACAAUCAUUAGAUUUGUUAGAUAGGUGUGUAUUAUCCUGUACCACUGAUCUGCUGUGAAUGUGUUACACUGUUUCUUGACAUUUCAUACUGCUGAACCAUGAAGAGAAUGUUGGGUGCAGAGGACCUUGUGCCGAUAAUAGAAGAGACAGACCACAUUCCAUACCCCCACCUUUACAGAGAGCAGAAAAACAAGGAGCCGAGGCCAUAAGUCAGGCUCGCUAGGAAUUAGAAAACAUGUGAAGGUUUAGAUUUUUACGACUAGGUGGGGGCCACUAGAGGCUAUAAGAGGUUGAGUAACCCUCCACCAUUUCGAGAUUUGCUGUGACCCUCUGCAUGCAGGUCUCCCCAUCAUGAUGGUUUAUGCUCAUAAAGUGUUGAAUUGUAUGGAAAUAAAUAAUUGUUGAUUGAGCAUUUA